AUGGCUUCCGCGAAGCGCAAACCUGAAGCAGCCCCUAGCAAACAGCCCAGCAAGAGACCAAAGACGGAUCUCAGCUCGAAGGCAGAGGCUUCUGUCAAGGAACAAAAAAAAGACCAGAAGCCGAAACAAGCCUCGGUUCUUACGAAAGAACAACCUGCUUUCCCUCGGGGUGGUGCAAGUCUGCUGACUCCCUUGGAACGAAAGCAAAUCCGAGCCGAGGCAGCACGAGAUGCGGAUCGAGAACAGAAGCCGACAGAGGAUCUCUUCGGAGGCGUGGAUAGAGCGCUCGAUAGUGAGAGUGAUAAGGGUGAGAAGGUGAAAUCCGAGAUACAGCCGAAGCGGCGCGAGCGGCAACGAACGAAAGGCAAGAAGAAGCCCGACUCUGCUGCGGUCAGAACGAAAGCAGAAGUUCAAAUCGGAGGCCUGAGCUACAAACGAAUCACUACUGCCUCCCUCAUCCUCGCCCAGAUCACAUUCAUAAGCCCGCGAACUCUGACCGUCGCAUUGCCCAACAAUCUCGUGGGGUAUGUGCCCUUGACCGCCAUCUCCCCACAGUUGAGCGACAAAAUCCAGGGUCUGCUCGAGAAGAAUGACGAUGAAAGGGACAACAGCGACGAUGAGGAAGAGGAGGAUGACGAUAUCUCCUUGACCAACUACUUCCACCUCGGUCAAUAUUUACGAGUGGCCGUCACUUCUACCGAGCAGGAGAGGCGAGGACAGACGUCGUCGGCACGAAAGCGAAUUGAAUUAUCUGUGGAACCGGCCUUGACCAAUGCAGGCCUGAAUCGUCCGAAUCUCGCCAUUGGUGCCACAGUACAGGCUUCAGUGAGUAGUGUCGAAGACCACGGCUUGGCGGUCGAUGUCUCACUUGAAGAUGACCAUGUCCGUGGCUUCGUCCCCAGCAAACAAUUACCAAGCGGCUGGUCUCUUCCGGACAUCAAAACUGGUGCUGUUUUUCUAUGCCAUGUACUGGACGCCGGCUCCGACAACAAGGUCGUCAAGCUUUCCGCUGACCUCUCCAAGUCGGCUGCGCUCAAGACUGCCCCUUCCGUCGACACGUUUCUCCCCGGUACCAAAGCCGAAAUCCUUAUUAGCACCAUGACCGAGGCCGGGCUUAGCGGAAAGAUUAUGGGGAUGCUGGACGUGACUGCUGAUGUUUUACACUCCGGUUCUUUCCGAGACAGGGAAGCCUUCCUUGCGAAAUUCCAGGUUGGAAAGAAGAUUGCCGGUCGCAUCAUUUACAAUUUUCCUCUUUCAGACAAUAAAAAGCUGGGGUUCUCAGUGCUGAGGAAUAUUCUGGACUUGACGGAUGUCCCAGAGUCGACCGACGCGGGUGCUGGAAGACUUGCAUUAUCGUCUACUAUCGAGGCUGCCUCCGUGAUUCGUGUUGAGCCGGGUCUGGGCGUCUAUCUGCAGUUAGACGAGCAAAACAUUGGCUUUGCUCACUUAUCCCGGUUGUCAGACAAGAAGCUGGACGCUAUUUCUGAGCUCAGUGGUUCCUUCAAACUUGGGUCUGAGCACAAGGCGCGGGUACUCGAAUUCAACCCGGUGGACAACCUCUACAUCGUCUCGCUCCAAGAGAGCGUGCUUCAACAACCAUUCCUGCGGUAUGAAGACGUCCCUCUUGGUGCAGUGGUCAAAGGAACAAUCGAGAAACUGGUGAUCGGAGAAAGUGGAGUUGAAGGCCUGUUAGUGAUACUUGCGGAAGGUAUAACAGGCUUUGUUCCCAAGUUGCAUCUGUCUAAUGUCAAGCUGGAUCAUCCGGAGAAGAAGUUUAGAGCCGGUCAAGCCGUUACUGCCAGAGUUCUGACCAGCAAUCCUGCCCGGCGCCGCCUUCGACUCACCCUAAAGAAAGCCCUCGUUACCAAUGACCAGAAAGCUUGGCUGCGGUUUGAGGAUAUUGAGGUCGGAGAUUCUACGGUAGGGACACUGGCAAAGGUUGACGCGCUCGGCGCAGUUGUUCGCUUUUUUGGAUCUGUCAAGGGCUUUCUCCCUGUGUCCGAGAUGAGCGAAGCCUACAUCAAAGACGCGAGAGACCACUUUCGGGUGGGCCAAGUCGUUUCGGUGAGCGCUCUCAGCAUCAACGCUGCCGAGAAGCGCAUGACCCUGUCGUGUAGAGACAUCAACCGAUCAAAUGCGUCGAUUGAAAGCUCGCUGUCUCGCCUGCUUCCGGGUAUCAUCACUAAUGGCACCGUUUUCGAAAAGUCCGAGAAUGAUAUUCUGUUGCGCUUGGAAGAAAACGACGCCAUUGCACGGCUUACCCUGGACCAUGUCGCCGAUGGGUCGCUGAAAAAAAGGCAAUCCGCCUUCAGCAAUAUCCGCGUCAACCAAACGCUGGAAAGCAUCCUCAUUCUUCAGGUGCAGCCAAAACGACGAAUUGUGCUGAUCUCGAACAAACGGAGCCUGGUCAGCGCAACACGGGCCGGCAUGUUUCUCAAAGGUUAUGAGCAAUUACAACUUGGUGUCGUGGUGACUGGAUACGUCAAGAACAUCACAGAAGACGGCGUGUUUGUGGGCUUUGCUGCUGGCAUCACUGGCCUCAUUCCCAGAAGUCAAGUAUCUGAGGAGAGUGAAGACCAGGAGAACUUCGGCAUGACCGAGAUGCAACCCGUUACGGCCAAAGUGCUCAACAUCGAGUAUAAGGGUGCCGCGCCCAGGUUCUGGCUAACAAUGCGUGAAGCUGGUCCAGUGACGAAGUCUGAGGUCCCACCCACGGAGCCGGCCUCGUUCAAACUUGUGAAUCCCGUCGAUGCCAGCCUCACGAUUGUCACUGAUGUCUCAGUCGGCAUGAAAACAAAAGCUAAAGUUAUCUCAGUCAAGGACACCCAAAUCAACGUCGAGCUAGCAAAGGACGUACAAGGACGCAUUGACGUCUCAGAAGUCUUCGACGAGUGGAAGGACAUCAAGGACAGGAAAAAGCCGCUGAAGCCGUUCUAUCCGCAGCUGGAAUUGACCGUUCGUGUGCUUGGUGCCCAUGACACAAGAAACCAUCGGUUCCUCCCCCUUACGCAUCGGAAGGGGAAGAAUACCGUCUUUGAGCUGACAUGCAAACCAAGCUCGAUCGCGACCGAGAAGCUGCCCCAGUUGGCGUUGCAAGAUAUGACGGUGGGGUCAUCUCACGUCGCCUUCGUCAAUAAUAUCACCGACGACUGUGUCUGGGUCAACAUCUCGCCUACUAUUCGUGGCAGGAUUCGGACCAUUGAUAUCGCGGACGAUUUGUCUCUGGCCGCUAACUUGCCUCGCAACUUCCCUUUGGGCUCCGCCGUGCGCGUUCGCGUCCUCGCCGUCGAUCCUGAGAAGGGACAUCUGGACUUAACAGCCCGGUCCGACGGUACUGCAGGCUCACUGGACUACGGUAAUAUUGCCCUGGGGCUUGUCCUUCCAGGUCGGGUCACCAAAGUCACCGAUCGUAAUAUCUUCGUCCAACUCAGUGAGCACGUCGCUGGCUCAGUCGAGUUGGUCGACAUGGCAGACAACUACGACGAAGCCAAUGCUGCCAAAUACCAGAAGAACGAUAUCAUUCGAGUCACCAUCGUGGCUGUCGAUGUACCAAACAAGAGGGUUAGCCUCUCAACAAGACCCUCAAAAGUCCUCAGCUCUUCGAUGGGAGUCGUGGAUCGAGAGAUCGCCUCUGUCAAUCGAGUCGCCGUCAACGAUAUUGUUCGCGGGUUCGUCAAGAAUGUGAGCGACCAGGGGGUCUUCGUUACACUUGGCCGUGGCGUGGUAGCGUUUGUUCGGAUCAGCAAUCUGUCAGACAGCUAUCUCAAAGAAUGGAAGGACCAUUUCCAGCGGGAUCAACUAGUCAGAGGCCGGGUCAUCAUGGUUGACGAGGCUUCUGGGCAGAUUCAGAUGAGCUUGAAAGAGUCAGCUCUGAAGCCCGAUUUCAAGCUGCCUAUCACGUUUAACGCCUUGAAGGUCGGGGAUCUCGUGACGGGCCAAGUUGUCAAUGUCCAACCCUUCGGUGUCUUCAUCCUUGUGGACAACUCUGAGAAAAUCCGUGGGCUGUGUCACCGCAGUGAAAUCGCCGAGCAGCGAGUCGAAGAUCCCGGCAACCUAUUCGCAGUAGGAGACAAAGUGAAAGCCAAAGUGCUGAAACUGGAUCCUGCGACUCGCAAGGUCAACUUUGGCAUGAAAGCGUCCUAUUUUAACGAUCCCACUGAGGAGGAGGCAGAAAGCGACGCUGACUCUGAGAGCCAAGGUGGCGCAAUUCUCGACGCCGAAAUGCCGGACGCCGAGGCCGAUGAUAGUGGGUCCGACGACGAGGUAGAUGAACCCGAGUUGGGGGACGAUGACAGCCAUGUGGGUGGAGACGACGAGGUUUCAGACAUGUUAGACAUACAAAUCCACCCAGAUAUCAACGACACCGAAGAUGAAGAUGAAGACGGAGCCACAGCCAUGUCCGCAGAGGCUUCGAAAAGCACAGCUCUCUCCGUCGGCGGUUUCGACUGGACGGGUCUUCGACCUGCACCAGCAACUUCGAGCAAGCGUCUCGCAGAAGCAUCCGACUCCGACGCCGAUACUCCCAAGAAAAAGCCCAAGAAGAAAAAGAACCAGCCAACCAUGGACGUGGACCGCACCGCCGACCUGGAUGUCAACGGUCCUCAAUCUGCCGACGAUUUCGAGCGCCUUCUCCUUGCUGAGCCCGACAACUCCGUCCUCUGGCUCCGGUACAUGGCCUUCCACCUCGAUUUGGGCGACAUUGACGCCGCGCGAGCAAUCGGAGAACGCGCCCUCCGCACCAUCACCGUCGGACUCGAGGACGAGAAGUUCAACGUAUGGGUAGCUCUGCUCAAUUUGGAGGUCCACUUCGGCGACGACGAAAAUGUCGAAGAGGAGACGUUCCGUAGAGCAUGUGAAGUGAAUGACCAGCAGGAGAUUCACGCCCGUCUGGCCAGCAUCUACAUCAAAGAGGGCAAGUUCGGCAAGGCGACCGACCUGUUCGAACGCAUGAUCAAGAAAUUCGCCCAGGACCCCAAAGUCUGGGUCAACUACGCGUCCUUCCUGCUCGACAAGAUGGGCGACAACACCGGUCGCGAAAAGGCGCACGCACUCCACGCCCGCGCCCUGCAGACGCUUCCCAAAUUCACGCACUUUGAGACGACAAAGUCGUUCGCCCGCCUGGAGUUCACGUCCGCGCACGGCCUGCCCGAGCGGGGCCGCACCUUGUUCGAGGGCCUGAUUGCUGCGUUCCCCAAGCGCGUGGAUCUCUUCGACGUGCUGCUCGAUCUGGAGAUGAAUGUCACCAAGGACGACGAGCAAGUCCGGGCUACGUUUGAGCGCAUCUUCACACUCAAGUUGAAGCCCAAGCAGGCGAGGAGUUUCUUCAAGCGCUGGGAUCGGUUUGAGACGGACAAGGGGGACGAGAGGCGCGUCGAGGCUGUCAAGGCCAGGGCCGCCGCGUGGGUCAAGGAGAACGCAAAUGCGAAAUCGAGUGACUAG